GCGAAAAUAGUAGUGUAUUUCUCUUACCUGACAUCGCGUGGACUAAACGUUGUUUCUGGACAUUUCUGUGAAAGAAAUUCUGUCAAAAUGGGUCGUAUGCACUCACAUGGAAAAGGUAUAUCCCAGUCUGCCCUCCCCUAUCGACGAAGUGUACCAACUUGGUUGAAAUUGACACCAGAAGAUUGCAAAGAACUUAUUUACAAGGAAGCGAAAAAGGGACGUACACCUUCACAAAUUGGUGUUAUACUUCGAGAUUCUCAUGGUGUGGCUCAGGUGCGAUUUCGUACAGGAAACAAGAUUCUGCGUAUUGUGAAGAGUAUGGGCUUGGCUCCGGAUCUACCAGAAGAUCUGUAUUAUUUGAUCAAGAAAGCUGUUGCUGUGCGUAAACACUUGGAGCGGAACAGGAAGGACAAGGACAGCAAAUUCCGUUUAAUUCUGGUCGAGUCUAGAAUUCACAGAUUGGCGCGUUAUUAUAAAACAAAAGGAUCGCUGCCACCGAACUGGAAAUACGAAAGCUCGACAGCUAGCGCUCUUGUAGCCUAAUUUUGUUAUAUACUUAUGUUUUUAUUAUAAAAAAAGAAAUAUCAACAAAUUACAUAUGUCCAAAUCUAUCCUUAUCUCAAAGAGAGUAAAAAAGAUAUACACAAAUAUUUAAAAACUACUAAAAUAAAGAUUUAAAAAUAAGAAAUUAUGUAGCUACACAAUAGAGGCCAUCAUGAAUGAAGAAAAAUAAAGAUAAAAUGCUUAUAUAACAAA